AUGAUAAACCACCCGAAAUGUCUUUCAACAGGUCAUGCGACUCGAGGCCCACAUAUGAAAAUGCUGAGGAGAAUUUUUUUGCUGCUACAACAUGGUACUAUUGCUUGUGGGAAAAAGCUUCCAUACCCAGGACGCCUGGCCAGUAUUCACCUGAUAACACUGUAUUCAGUUACAUUUUUCUUUCUUCUGCCUGCUCUUUGCUACCAAAUGAGGCACUCAAUUUACUUUCUUGAGAACCUAAAAGACAGGGAUCAGCAAAUUGAGAUGUUUAAUGCUGAAAAUGACAAACGAAUCCAGCAAGCUAACUUAUAUCUACAAAAUGUCUAUAAGGCAGGUGGCAAUUCUGCUGAAACCCAGGGUCUUGGCAACACAGACACGUUAAUUUCUGAGAUGGACAAACAAGCAAUACCACAUUUUCUGAAUGAGCAAGAACCUCGUGUCGACAUAGCCAUAACAAUUAUUUCAGUGUCACGUAAUAGGCAUAAAUUUGACAGUUAUGAACCCCGUUACCUCACCCAGACUGUGUGGCACUAUCUUCAUCUUUUGUCGAGGCCUGAUGCUCAACAUCGGAGUGUGAAGCUUUUCCUUUGUAAUGUUGACAACGAUCCUGCUACCUAUCACGAGCUGCUUAAUCUCUCCUCAAUUGUACACACCUUCCAGCGCUUCCCGAACAAGUUUGAAUUCCACAUCAACGUCUUUGAGAAAGAAAAACAAGAUUACGUUUAUUGCCUGAAUGCCUCGCUUUCCUGGAACCCCAGCUUUGUGCUGCUUGUUGAAGAUGACAGCCUGCCACGUGAUGAGCUUUUCCCAGUCAUGAACUAUGUCUUGGACUAUUUUGCCUCAGAUAAGAAAGGACACAAAACGACGUUGAUGUUCCCGGACAAGUGGUACAUGAAACUGUACCAUCCUGAACGUCUUCUUGGUUACUGGAGCAUGGAAAUUGAAAGGAUACCAGAACUGGCCUCUCUGAGUCUCCUGUUUGGUUUACUCGUUAUCUGCCUCUACCAGUGUCUUGGGCUUAGGGUCACUAUCUUUACAAAUAUUAAUGCAACUUGGUUUUUUCUCAGCCUCUACUUCUGCUUGGUUUUUAUUGCUAUUGGUCGCCAGAACUUGCUGGAGCUACGUCGACUUUCAAAAUAUUUCUUCAUGUUAACGCCAGCUCCUUCCUGUUGUACACCCGCUAUUCUGUAUCCCAGUGCUGGUGCUAAGGCUGUUGUGGACUACUUGUCAGCUACUCACUGCAAGGCAAGCUUUGCCAAAGAUAUGGCACUUGAAGAGAUGCGAUACAAGCUUGGCAUGAAAGCCUAUCUUUUGCAGCCAAACCUUUUCAGGCAUAUUGGGUUGUACUCGUCACUGCGGACAAAGAUCCUUAGUCCGUCUGUUGUCUGA